AUGGACAACUCUGCCAUCAACCUAUGCAACAGCUGCGACGCAACCUUCAGGAUCCCUCGCCUGAGGUUCAGUGACGAUGAUAUUCUCGAGCAUCUACGCGCUAUCCCAGGCACCUCUAUACCUCUGUCGGGCGCUGCCGAAGAGAUCCUCGCCGUUGAAGAGAUUGUACGCGAGCUUCAAGAGGAAAUAGACGGCGUGACGGGCCUACUCAAAUGCCUCAACAGGAAUAUGGUGUAUCUGCACACAUACUUAACUCGUGUUCGGUCGACACGUGCUCCCGUGCAUCGCCUCCCGAGCGAGAUACUGAACGAGAUAUUCUGCUUCGUUAUGGAUGGGGACUACUCGCUGUACGACAUGCAAUCCACUCCUUCGACUCUUUCUCAGGUCUGCACGCGUUGGAGGGAGCGCAUCAAUUCGAAUGCCGCUUACCGGGCGUCUAUCGCAUUACGGGCGCCUACGCUUUCUUCGCUCGACGAUGAUCCACACGUCGGCGAGUGUACUGGCAAACUGAAGGUUGCAAUCUUGCACCUUGAGAAAUCCGUGACGGCGCCUCUAACGCUGCGAAUUGGACGCCACGCCGACCAGGAGAACGUCGUUCUGCUGAUGUCGCAGGCGUAUCGCUGGAAGGACUGUUCCAUCCACAACGAGGAAGCCCUCGACUGGCUCUCUGAUCCCGAGAACCAGCGCGAGCUGCGCAACUUGGAGUCGCUGAAAAUCGGACUCAGGGGAGAAUGGAAGCUCGACCUGGGCAAGAUUGCUACCUUGCGCAGGUACACUGGACCCAAGAUGGGUGUCGUGUUGCCAUGGCAGCAGCUCACCUCGUUGACGCUCACCAGCCCGGUGAACGCAUCGCAAAUCCUUGCGUGCUUGCAGCAAUGCACAUCGCUCGUGUCGCUUGCCGCAGAAAAACUACGGUAUCAGGACCCGGAUGAGGCUUGGGUUGACAUGGAGGUCAACCAUCCGUGCCUCCGCCGCUUGCGGAUUCGAGCGGAGGGAGGUCACUCACUAGAUGAGGGCCCUCUCCUCAAGUGUUUGACAGUCCCGCAGCUAUCCUCCAUCGAGCUGCAUGGCUGGCACUAUGUCAAGCAGUGGAGUUGGGACGACGAGGACGUCGCGGCGUUCGGUAACUUCCUACGUCGAAACAGCGCUCACGUCCGGUCACUCUCCCUGUGCUACAUUCAGUUGGAGCAGGAAGAGACUGAGAUGCUGCUGCGCAGUCUCCCCGAGCUCGAACGCCUCGAGAUGACUGACGUCGAAGCCGCCAAAGGCCCCGGAGAGCUUCUCACGCGGAGCGUUGUCAAAGGACUUCUGCUGGAUGGUGGCGGCGCGAGACUAGUGCCGCGCCUCGCCCACAUCAGCCUCACCUCCUACCGCGCAUUGGAAAUCGAAUUCCUGUCGCUCGUAGCUGCAUUGGCGGCCUACCGAUCCGUUCGCCAGGAGGGGAGCCUCUGCUCCAUCACGCUGUCCGGUGCAGUUAUGCACUGUCCGACGGAGGCGGCGAAGGGUGUCCUUGGCUUGCUGGAAAAGCUGGUCAACUUGUUCAUGCAUCCCGCGACUGCUUUUGCGUACCCUGAUGCAAAGGAGAAGGAGCGGAGGCGUCUUGACACCGGCCACCAUCUGCUUCCCAAAGUCUCAAUUCUACGCGAGCUCAGGACCCAGGAUUGCUCCUCAAUCCGGAGAUACAACGAAGAUGUCCUAGAGCGUCUCCGUGGUCUCUCCGUCGACCCUUUGCCCGAUAUCGACAAGGAAGUCCUCAAGAACGAGCGCGCCGAACGCGAUUUGCAAGAACAAGUCAUCAGAACCGAGCGACUUCUUCGCGAUCUCCUGCGCCAGCUUACAGCUACACAAGACUACCUCCGCCGCAUCCGCUCCGUUGACUCUCCUGUCCAUCGCCUGCCCUACGAGAUCCUAGACGACAUAUUCGCCCUCGUGAUCGCCGAGAGCGAGAACGCGUACUCCUUCCACGGGAUGCACUCGAUCACUACCCAACUCGCCCACGUCUGCACGCGCUGGCGGCAACGCGUCUUGUCGAGUGGGGCGCUCUGGGCAUCUAUCAGCAUCCAGCGCGUCCACCUUCCCCCGCCAGUUACUCCAUACGACAAGGAAUACAUGCGCAAACUGAUCGACGCCGGUGUGCAGCGUCAUCUUCGCAACUCGCAGGGCGCGCCCCUCCGCCUGCAUGUCGGCAGCUUCGCGGAGCCCGAGCCCAUCCGUUACCUCUUAGAGGCGGCGCCUCGGUGGCAGGAGGUAUCGGCGGAGCACGAGGCGAUGUUCGAGGCGCUGAACGACGCGAAGGUGCAGGGCAAGCUUGACAAGUUGCGCGCGUUGCAGCUUGUCAGGAUCGGCCCCGCGCCGCUGCGUCUCAAGCUGGACGGUCUGUCUGCGCUGCGCGUGUACAACGGCCCGCAUAUAGGCGUCUCGCUGCCGUGGCAGCAGCUCACGUCGCUCACGCUGCCCAAGGUCCUACAGACGGCAGACCUGAUUAUGUGUCUGAAGCUCUGCCAGGCGCUGACCUUCCUCUCCGUCGAGAGGCAGGCGGCCACGCUUCCUCCUAAUGUCACCAUCGACACCGUGGUGCACCAUCCGUGCCUUCGGGAGGUGCAGCUGCGCACCAAGAGCACGGUGCGGCCGGACGCCAGCCUUUUCACAUACCUCAACGCGCCCCGGCUCUCCUCGGUCUCUUUCGGCGGCUUCCAUGUCGGGCAGGCUUGGCGCGGGUGGGACGCGGCGCACGCUGAGGCGCUUAAGGAGUGCUUGAAUCGCUCCGGCGCGCACUUGCGAUCUCUAUCCUUCAUGUACGUCCACGUCGAGCCGCCGGUGCUCGAGGACCUGCUCGAUGGUCUGCCUGAGCUCGACUUUCUCGAGAUCAAGGACACGACAGACGCCGGGCUCGUGAUGCCUGGCAUUGACGCGCCCCCGCCCGCGACUCCUCUUACCCACAGCACCAUCAAGGCGCUCCUUCCGCACGGCCCAGCCAACACGCUACGCGCGCCCCGCCUUGCGCAUUUGGCGCUGACGGUCGUAGAGAAGCAGCCGUUCGGGAAGGAAAUUCGCUCGGCGCUGCAUAACGUAGUCGAGCGGCGGUCCAUUCGUCGUGGAGGAAGUCUGCUCGCCCUUUCGCUGUCGUCGACGCUGAACCUCGAGUCUGCGGUCACGGCAGAUGAGGUGAUGGCUUUCUUGCCGACCGUCGAAGACCUGGUCGACGCGUAUACCGCAAAUCGCCGUUUCCCGCCGCGCGUGCCAGUGAAAAAGCCUUCGUACGAAAAGCUCAAGUAA